AUGAAGUACGCUCUUCUUAUAGCUCUCUUUAUUUUGUGCAGUAACUCUGCAUUUGCACAAAGCACUCCGUCGAAUACAACUCCCGAUCCGAAAGAUAAGGAGAGACAGGAAUGUCUGAAAGAUGAGAAUGAAAAUAGACGGGCAGUGGCAAAAGCAAAAGGAAUUAGCAAUAUGAGAAAACUGGAAUAUGACAAAUCGAUGGAAGCCAAUCCGAUGGAAGGAUUCAAGUGUCCGGAGAACUGGAUGACUUCUAAGUAUAAAGAGGGUGUAUGGGCGACGAUGGCUAAUGAUGAAGUGAAGACAGCGGAAAAUGCAUUGGCCACUACGUUUGCAUGUGUUCAGAAUGAAAAAUGUGGAAAGCUCUUAUUGACAAACACAAAUUCUGAUCAAAAACAACGUAAAAUGGGAAAAGCUGGAUCAGCGUGUAGUGGGAAAGUGGAUGAUGGAUUGUGCAUCGGAUCGGCCGCUUCUUUUGGCUUCUUCUUCCUUAUUUCUUUUAUUUCUUUCUUCAAUCUGUAG